GCGUGGAAUUGUUGGGAGGGAGGCCACACGGGAAUAAGAAAGAAAAAUGAACUCCCAUCUGUGUAUAAGAAUACCAAGUCGGAGCAAAUUCAUUCUUAUAAUUCACGCUUUCACAUUCCGAUCUUCCACAUCUUUCUUCUUAACACCGAGUCGACUCAGAAAAAAGCAGAAUGGUUUUGGGUGGAGGAGGAGCCCCUCAAAGAGGAAGUGCUGCAGCCACUGCAAGCAUGCGCCGAAGGAGGACGACAAGCAGUGGGGCUUCUGGCGGUGCUGCUGGGACCAUGCUCCAGUUUUACACAGAUGAUGCUCCUGGACUUAAGAUCUCACCCAAUGUCGUUCUCAUUAUGAGCAUUGGUUUCAUAGCCUUUGUUGCAAUUCUUCAUGUUAUGGGCAAGCUCUACUUUGUUCGCAGAGAAACCUAGAAGAAGAAUGUAACAACAGAGAUCUAAGGGUUCAUGUUCUGGAUUUCAUUUGAGUUAAAAAAAAAAAAAUAGACCAGUUACUCAUUACAUUGCGAUUACUUUUUCCUUUUUGUUAAUUUGUUCAUUUAGAAUAUGAAAGGUUGGAACAGUAGUGGCAUUUUGUUUUCAAAUGAAAGAUAGAUUUUGAUCUUA